CAGUCAUAAAAGCGCGGUAAACUGAGGCUUCUGCACAUGUCAACAGCCCCCAACAACAUUUUUCGAAUUGUUUACGUAAACAAAGCGUUCAAACACCCAAUGACAAUCGACUCUCUGGUGACAUCAACAUGGCUGUUAAUAAAAGAUAUAAUCGUUCAGCAGAAGAAAUCGAGGAAACCCUGAAAUUAGCAGGUAUUUCUCCAAAUAAAUUGAUGAAGUCCACUCAGGUGCUCUACAGUAAUUUGAAGCAACGUCCUGAAGCAGAUAAGAAUAGAAAGUUGAUGCUUGUGGAGAUGGACCAGCACUUGGUGUCUUGUGUGGAGGAAAGCCAGGAAUUGUGUUUCAAAAGUGUAGGAGAUGGUCAUAUUGUUCUCUGCAGCAAUACCAGAACUUAUGAGGUUAAAGAGGCAGAGAUGUCAAAUUCACUCGUCCUAGUGCCCGACUUGAAAUUGUCGGAGGAAAUUAAGAAGAUUGGUAAUGAGGGGGAGAGAAAGGUGCAGAGCAUUGACAUUGAGAAAAUUUUUCACACGUAUUAUGAGCUUCGAGAGACCAGACCCAAAUUAGGACAUUUACUGAGUAUCCUGAGUUCUUCAUCCUUCAAAGGUGUAGAAUAUGAAAGACAAAUUGAUAAGUCGUCCUUGUAUAAUUGGGAAAAACUUCGUGAGAAUGUACAAAUGAGUGAUGGAGAAUUAAGGAGUACACUAUCGGAGAAUCUGGUGACUGAGAUUGAUGGGUAUUAUCGUUUAAUCGCUUUCGAGUAUGAAGCCCGAGCUCUGACCCUGAUGCUGGACUUCAUGGAGGAGAACUCCUGGCCACCGGAUGAAGUAGAUAAAGAGGAAACUUUCAAGGCACUGGAGGAACUUAUUCCUCGGCCAAUCUUCGAUCUGAUCUUCGAUAAAUACACAACGAAGAGUGCAAAGAGUGAGAUGCAGGAGUCAACUGGGGGCCAUCCCCUGUAUGCUUACAACGAAGAGAAAGUGUGCCAGCUGCUGGCUAAGGUACUGUUGGCUGCGUCUCCCAGAAAUACUUAUGACAAAUUCAUGGAGGCUUGGAAGAUCGGAGCACCAGAACACCUGAGGCCAAAGGAGAAGUACUUGAACGGUCUAGCUGUUGUUGAAUACAACAAGGAGAAGGGAAAAAAGGAAGUUGUAGCAUUUCCAGAGUCCAGUCUGUCCGAAGAUAUUCAGGAACGAUUCCGUCAGCUCUUCCAAGUCAAAAACAAGUGGACAGUCGACGAAAUAGCGCCCUACAUUUCACGUCUGACGACCAAAGGCUCUAAUGUCACUGCUCUGCUCACAAAAUAUGCUAGGCCUUCGACAAUGAAUGGGGUGAAGUAUUAUAGCUCUAAACAUGGAAAAUAAAA